AUGUAUCCGUUAACUAACCGGCAUUUGGCAAAUGUUACACCUACGAUCAGGCGUAAUGAACCGUACGAAGUCUCGGGGAUCGAAUUUAACAGAUUUUUUGAUUUGUUUAAAAAAAUUCUGUUCCAAGUCAGCGAGGGUGGUCCGGUCCACGGCGGAUAUCGCAGCGAUUUUCGAGCGGUGCCGGGCUGCGCGGAAUUAGGGCUGCAGCCCCCUGGCGGUCGAGCAAAGGGUGGUAGCACUGACACCACGACCCAGAUCCGGGCCAUUGUGCACCGACGAAUUUGGACAAAUGAAGGAUUGUUGGAUGCUGUAGAGACAGUUCAAAAUGGCAAAAUGGGUAUAAAUGCGGGUAUUCCAGUUCUUAGGUUAAUGCAGAUGGAAGAAAAAACAGUGAUUACUCAAACAAAACUUUAG